AUGGAGGCCUACUUGUUGGACAUCCCGGUGCGGACGUCCAGGGUGAAGCAGACGGUGAAAGCCGGAGAUGCACUUCAACAACCUGAGAAUAUGACACUGCCACUUUCUCAGCCUGAGCAGGAUCUUCCUAAGGAAAAGCUUGAACAAAAUUUAUCUGCAAAAGCUGAUCCUCAGUCAGAGCUUGUACAGACAGAUGAAGUGAGACUGCCGUCCCCUCAGCCUGUCCUAGCUUUUCCUUGGCCAGAACUUGAGCAGACCGUGCCAUCCCCUCAGUGUGUGAUAGCUAAUCUUCAGCCAGAGUUUGUACAGUUAGAGAAAGUGAGACUACCGUACCCACAGCCUGUCCUAGCUCUUCCUUGGCCAGAACUUGAGCAGACCGUGACAUCCCCUCAAUGUGUGAUAGCUAAUCUUCAGCCAGAGUUUCCUGUCCUAGCUUUCCCUUGGCCAGAACUUGAGCAGACCGUGACAUCCCCUCAGUGUGUGAUAGCUACUCUCCAGCCAGAGUUUGUACAGUUAGAGAAACCUGUCCUAGCUUUUCCUUGGCCAGAACUUGAGCAGACCGUGCCAUCCCCUCAGUGUGUGAUAGCUAAUCUUCAGCCAGAGUUUGUACAUUUAGAGAAAGUGAGACUACCGUCUCCUCAGCCUGUCCUAGCUUUUCCUUGGCCAGAACUUGAGCAGACCGUGACAUCCCCUCAGUGUGUGAUAGCAAAUCUUCAGCCAGAAUUUGUACAAUUAGAGAAACCUGUUCUAGCUUUUCCUUGGCCAGAACUUGAGCAGACCGUGCCAUCCCCUCAGUGUGUGAUAGCUAAUCUUCAGCCAAAGUUUGUACAUUUAGAGAAAGUGAGACUACCGUCUCCUCAGCCUGUCCUAGCUCUUCCUUGGCCAGAACUUGAGCAGACCGUGACAUCCCCUCAGUGUGUGAUAGCUAAUCUUCAGCCAGAAUUUGUACAAUUAGAGAAAUCAGAGCUUGUACAGACAGAUAAAGUGAGACUGCCGUCACCACAGCCUGUCCUAGCUCUUCCUUGGCCAGAACUUGAGCAGACCGUGACAUCCCCUCAGUGUGUGAUAGCUACUCUCCAGCCAGAGUUUGUACAGUUAGAGAAACCUGUCCUAGCUUUUCCUUGGCCAGAACUUGAGCAGACCGUGCCAUCCCCUCAGUGUGUGAUAGCUAAUCUUCAGCCAGAGUUUGUACAUUUAGAGAAAGUGAGACUACCGUCUCCUCAGCCUGUCCUAGCUUUUCCUUGGCCAGAACUUGAGCAGACCGUGACAUCCCCUCAGUGUGUGAUAGCAAAUCUUCAGCCAGAAUUUGUACAAUUAGAGAAACCUGUUCUAGCUUUUCCUUGGCCAGAACUUGAGCAGACCGUGCCAUCCCCUCAGUGUGUGAUAGCUAAUCUUCAGCCAAAGUUUGUACAUUUAGAGAAAGUGAGACUACCGUCUCCUCAGCCUGUCCUAGCUCUUCCUUGGCCAGAACUUGAGCAGACCGUGACAUCCCCUCAGUGUGUGAUAGCUAAUCUUCAGCCAGAAUUUGUACAAUUAGAGAAAUCAGAGCUUGUACAGACAGAUAAAGUGAGACUGCCGUCACCACAGCCUGUCCUAGCUCUUCCUUGGCCAGAACUUGAGCAGACCGUGACAUCCCCUCAGUGUGUGAUAGCUAAUCUUCAGCCAGAGUUUGUACAGUUAGAGAAAGUGAGACUACCGUACCCACAGCCUGUCCUAGCUCUUCCUUGGCCAGAACUUGAGCAGACCGUGACAUCCCCUCAGUGUGUGAUAGCUAAUCUUCAGCCAGAGUUUGUACAGUUAGAGAAAGUGAGACUACCGUACCCACAGCCUGUCCUAGCUCUUCCUUGGCCAGAACUUGAGCAGACCGUGACAUCCCCUCAGUGUGUGAUAGCUAAUCUUCAGCCAGAGUUUGUACAGUUAGAGAAAGAGAGACUACCGUACCCACAGCCUGUCCUAGCUCUUCCUUGGCCAGAACUUGAGCAGACCGUGACAUCCCCUCAGUGUGUGAUAGCUAAUCUUCAGCCAGAGUUUGUACAGUUAGAGAAAGUGAGACUACCGUACCCUCAGCCUGUUCUAGCACUUCUUUGA